AUGCUCAUAAUACAUCAACUUUGUAUCAAUACUAUUCGUACUCUUGCUCCUGAUAUUGUUAGUAAGGCAAACUCUGGUCAUCCCGGUACGCCUAUGGGUUGUGCUCCACUUGCUCAUGCGCUUUUCUCGAAGUUUAUCACUAUUAACCCCAAAAAUCCAAGCUGGAUAAAUAGAGAUCGUUUUGUAUUAUCAAAUGGUCAUGCAUGUGUUUUACAAUAUAUAUUGUUACAUGUCCUAGGUUUUGACCUUACCAUGGAUGAUCUAAAACAGUUUCGUCAAGUAGAUAGCAAAACGCCUGGUCAUCCUGAAUGUCAUUUAACACCUGGUAUCGAAACAACCACAGGUCCUCUUGGACAAGGAUUCGCUAAUUCGGUUGGAUUGGCUAUUGCACAAACACAUUUUGCUGCGACUUUUAAUAAAGAAUCAUUUGAUUUGUUUACGAAUCAUACUUUUGUAAUUGCUGGUGAUGGAUGUCUUCAAGAGGGUAUUAGUUCUGAAGCAGCUUCACUUGCAGGUCAUCUUAAGCUUGGAAACUUGAUUGUAUUUUACGAUGAUAACCAUGUCUCUAUUGAUGGUAACACUGAUAUAGCAUUUACCGAAGAUGUAGUUAAACGAUUUGAAGGAUAUUGUUGGCAUACACAAUUUAUUGAGGAUGGCGAUAAUGAUUUUGCCGGAAUUUGCAAAGCAAUAGAGAAUGCAAUAAAUGUUAAAGACAAGCCUUCCUUGAUUAAAAUCAGAACUACAAUUGGUAUUGGUUCUAAAGAUCAAGGCACCGGAAAAGUUCAUGUGGGUAGGAGGGGUGUUGAUGCUGACGAAAAUUGGAAUAAACUUUUUAAAAGUUAUUGUUCGAAAUAUCCUGAAUUGGGAAAUGAAAUCAAAAGAAGAUUUUCGGGUAAAUUACCAGAGGGUUGGGCAGACAAUUUACCUAGAUAUAAACCAUCUGAUCCUGACCUAGCUACUAGAAAAUUGUCAGAAAAAGUCUUGGAUAAAAUUGCUGAUGUUUUACCAGAAUUGAUUGGUGGAUCUGCAGAUUUGACUGAAUCUAAUUUGACACGUUGGAAAACAGCUGUGGAUUUUCAACCUGAUGAUAGUGGCUUGGGGAAUUAUGCAGGUCGAUAUAUUAGAUACGGAGUUCGUGAGCAUGCUAUGAGUGGUGCUAUGAAUGGUUUGACUGCAUAUGGUGGUAUAAUUCCAUUUGGUGGGACAUUUUUGAAUUUCAUUAGUUAUGGUUUGGGUUCUGUAAGAUUAUCUGCUCUUUCCUCCUUCCGUGUACUUUAUAUCGUGACUCAUGAUUCUAUUGGUUUAGGUGACCUUCGUGCAUUACCAAAUAUAUUAAUAAUACGCCCUGCAGAUGGUAAUGAAGUUUCAGGUGCUUAUUUAGCUGCAAUACAAAGAUCAAAUUGUCCAUCAGUACUAGUUCUUUCUCGUCACAGUAUUCCUCAACUGGAAGAUACUUCAGUUGAAAAAGUUCUUAAGGGCGGAUAUGUCUUGAAAGAAUGUGAUAAUGCGCAAAUCACUUUAGUUGCAACGGGAUCAGAAGUAUCACUUAUCGUUGACACAGCCAAAUUACUAGAAAAAGAUCAAAUCAAUACUCGCAUUGUAUCUUUACCAUCGUUUGAAUUAUUUGAAGAACAAACUAAGGAAUACCAAUGGUCAGUUCUACCUGAUGGUAUUCCUAUAUUAAGUGUUGAGGCACUUUCUACAUUUGGUUGGACCAAAUAUGCUCAUGUAAAUUUUGGUAUGAAAUCAUUUGGCUCUUCUGGGCCUUAUAAAGAAGUUUUCAAAAAAUACGGCUUUGUGCCAGAAAAAAUUGCAACUAUGGCAAAACAAACUAUAGAUUUCUAUAAAAAUAACCAUAUUCCCUCUGUAAUUGAUAAACCUUUGAUUUAG